CUCUCCAGUAGACGUUUUUCAUUGGGUUGUAUUUGAGGUUAGUCGAACUCGACGAGUUCUUAGCAUACGGUAAACUAACAGGAACUGCGAGAUGGCCCGUACCAAGCAGACCGCCCGUAAGUCCACUGGAGGGAAAGCUCCCAGGAAGCAGCUGGCUACCAAGGCUGCUAGGAAGAGCGCCCCCUCCACAGGAGGCGUGAAGAAACCGCAUCGUUACAGGCCUGGCACCGUGGCUCUGAGGGAGAUCCGUCGCUACCAGAAAUCCACUGAGUUGCUCAUCCGCAAGCUGCCCUUCCAGCGUCUGGUGAGGGAGAUUGCUCAGGAUUUCAAGACUGAUCUUCGUUUCCAGAGCGCUGCUAUUGGAGCUCUUCAGGAGGCAAGCGAGGCAUACCUGGUGGGUCUCUUUGAGGAUACUAACCUUUGCGCCAUCCACGCCAAGCGUGUCACCAUCAUGCCAAAGGACAUCCAGCUGGCUCGCAGGAUAAGGGGAGAAAGGGCUUAAGUGGCCGAUCCCAGCAUUAUGACAUAUUUAUCAUAGUUAUCCAUUUUGUGGACAUUUUUUUUUCUUGGGUUUUUGUUUUUAUAAGUUCUUUGAAUUUUUCUAUUUUUUAGUGAUAGACAACAUACCAACCAUUCCACUAGCCCAAGUGCACCAUGGACAAGAUAACCUUUCUGGGUUAUCACUAGAUGUAAUGACUCCAGUUAAUUGUGGAUGUUGGGCUCCUGUUGAGGGAGCGAUCUCUAAAAUCUCAAGAAUCAAUUCUGAUCACCUUCUGGGAGCAGUUUUUCUUUACUAUCUAAAUGCCAGCAUGCCACCCUGGGUGCAUAUCUGCAGUCUCGAUAUAUCGGUUAUCUCAGUUAGUCCUCUGAACUAAAAGGGAGCCCUGCAGACCCCUGACGUUGUUCAGGGCCGCUUUUUAUGCGUUUUAUCAAACACAAAAAUCUUGGCAGCUACAUUUAAUACUAUUUAUGAGAUGUUGGUCACAUGUCUUUCUAUUAAAGGUCUUUA